AUGCUAGACAGCCAGCAGCGGCUACCACGCCAUCCAAAACUCAGCAAGGGUACCCAGCGGCGCGACCCGGAGCAGCACCAUCCCUACCAGCACCGACUGGGACUGCCCAAGUUGGGCACUGAGAUCCGUGGCCCGGCGCCCCCGCAACCGGGGGCUGUACCAAUUCCUCCGGGAUCCCAGAGCGGACGAGGCACCUCGACAGAUUACCCCUCUGGCCCUAGCUACUCGGCUAGGGGCUUCGAGCAAGCUGGAGCGCAACCCCAUCUCGGAAACCCUUCUGGCCCUAGCUACUCAGCUGGGGGCUUCGAACAAUCUGGAGCCCAAUCUCAUCGCGCCAACAGUCUUGCAAACCCUCCUGGGUACCAACAAUAUGUCAGUGCCUCAGAGGUCAAUGGUGAUCAGAGGGCAGGAUAUGAUUCUCUUGGCUUCUCCGGUAGAGGUAGUACUGGUCCUGAUGAAGAUGAGGAAGGGGUGUGGGACUCGGCCAAAAAAUGGGCUCAAACAGCAGGAGGGAAGCUCUCAGCAGCCGAGAACGAGGUAUGGCGGAGGAUCAACAAGGGCUAG